AUGGAGAGGAGAUUGAUGAGAAAUCAAAGUGAUCCUUUUUCAUUUGAGGAUGUGAGAUUCAAAGAAUUGUUCAGGCUGAAUAAAGACAUGGCCAAAUAUGUUUUAAAUGGCAUCAUACCUCAUUUGAACCAGGUGCCGAAUCCUGUAGCAGUACCUUUUUUUGCUGCGCUUCAUUUUUAUGCUACUGGCACUUACCAAAGAGUGAUAGGCAGGAGCUAUGACAUUUCAAUGUCUCAGCAGAGUAUUUCAAGGGCUAUUCAUGAAAUAACUAAUGCGAUUAUCAGUACAUUUUCUGAACAACUGGUACACUUUCCAAGAACAGCAUUAGAAAAUCAUGUAAUUAAGCAAGCAAGAGGUUUCCCUGGGGUAAUUGGAGCAAUUGAUUGCACACAUGUGGAAAUACUAAGGCCAACUUUGGAAGAGCAUAACUAUUUGAACAGAAAGGGUUACCAUUCCAAAAAUAUACAAAUUGUUUGUGAUCAUGAUCUAAAAAUUCUUAAUAUCAAUGCCAGGUUUGCAGGUGCAUCUCAUGAUUCAUAUAUAUGGAGAAAUUCAUUGGUGAGGAAUGAAUUUGAAGCUUGCUAUCAUGGAGGUGAUAGACAUUCAUGGCUCUUAGGUGACUCAGGUUAUCCUCAGGAACCAUGGUUGAUGACUCCUAUCCAAAAUGCAUUGCCUGGUUCGCCAGAAAGAAGAUACACAGAUUCCCAUAUUCAGACAAGAAACUGUGUAGAAAGGUGCAUAGGUGUAUUGAAAGGAAGAUUCCUCUGUUUAUCAAAUGUGCUCAGAUAUAGCCCUGAAAAAGUGGGUAAUAUUGCAAAUGCUUGUGUAAUUUUACAUAAUAUAUGUGUAGCUGCUAGAUUGGAUUUUAAUUUGGAAAUGCUACCACUACAGGAUACUGACAAUCAUCUGGAACAAGGCAAUUUUGACCAAAGAACAGAGAGAAAAUCUUUCUGGUAUGUAACUACCUCUACUGAUCCCGAGAAAUUAUAA